AUGAAGGCCGCCAAGAUCCUGGUUGCAGCACUCCCAGUGCUCGGGAGCACGCAGGACCUCGGUGAUUCCUUGCGGAACCUCUUGCAGGUUCCAGAGCCUGCAGAGUUUCCUGGCCAUGCCGCUGGCAGUGGGGCCGCGGAUCUGACACACUCUGCGGUGAAGGUGGAAGACGCAGCUAAGGUGGCUCCAGUGGAGCAGGUUCUGCCUGUCGAGACCAAACGGACAUACCCACCUCAAAACUUUCUGCGGAGAUCGUCUGAGCACCAGCAAGCCGUUCUUAUGCCGGGUCUCAGCCUGGCGAGCUUCUGGCAGACAGGAGGCCCGAACGUAAGCGUGGACGCUGCGCCGGCAGCGCCGCCAGCAGCAGCAACGGCUCCUGCCAAGCCUGCGGCUGCUCACGGGAUAGAUUUCACACGCUCGACAUCUCCCGACUUGGCAGAGGUCUCUGUCUCAGAUCCCUUCCGGGCGAUGGAGGCGGAGGACCUCCGCGAGGCGCAGCGGCUGAAGGCACUGGACCAGCGCCUGCGACAGCGUGCUUCGCAGCCGGAACCAGUGCGGCUUCCGCAGCACCGCUUCCAGGGUGCUGAUGCCGAUGCGUCAACAUGGGCAGAUCUGGAGGAGGAGGAUGCAACCAUUGAAUCAGCGCUGGUUGGUUUGGACGACCCGCGAAGGCUGUGCGAGAGUAGAGAGGGAGCUGAAUGCGCGGCAGGCGACGAUGCACCGCUCGUAUUCUCGGUCCAGCUGUUGUGCCUGUGGCUGUGCCGCCAUGUGGCGGGGGUGGAUGUGGUGACUGGGCUCUCCUUGCCGCGGGGUUUAGCCCUGGAUCUGCAAGAUCGCCGCGUGUACUGGACAGAGGAUGGGACGCGGAAGCUCCGCAGUGCCACCCUGGAGGGCCAGGACCUUCGGGAUGUGGUGGUGAAGGCCUCAGUGCAGGAGGCUCCCCGUGACGUGGCCGUUGACGCAGUGCGGCGCAAGGUCUACUGGACCGCGCUCUGCUGCGGCCUCCGCCGCGCAGAUCUAAAUGGUGACAACGAGGAGGUGGUGGCAAGUGCCGAGUUCGCGAGCGGCGUUAUCGUGCACGAAGAUGCUGUGUAUUGGGCGGACUGGAUGAAUGGCCGCAUCCUGCGCCGGGCCCUUCCAGGAGAUGAGGAAGUGCUGGUGACGGGGCUGGCCUCGCCCGUGGACCUGGCUCUGGAUCCCAGCCGCCGCAUGAUCUAUUGGUCCGACGUUGGCCAUGCCCGGACACAGCGGGCCCCGUUGGAUGGGCACAGCGGCGCGCAGGUGUUGAACAUGAGCUGGGCCAUCAUGAACACAUGGGGCAUGGCCAUCGACGCCUCCCACAGGAAGCUGUACAUGACAGACUUUGAGAAGACCGGAGACCUUACAGGAAGCCCCUCGGACUACGCAGGCCGCAUCAUUCGGACAAAUCUGGACGGCAGUGGGGCCGAGGUCCUGGUGAACGAGCCUGGGAUGAGCACGCCCGUGCCUUACGUGCAACCUAAUUGGAUGGCAUUGAGAUCCGGGAAGCUGGGAGGCCGCACGCCGUAG